AUGGCGGAGAGCUACAAGCGCCUGCUGAAGAAAUCGCUGGUCCCUGACGGAAUAGACACCCCCGCAACAGCAGAGUGGCUGUGGUAUGCUCCCUUUGCGCUACUGUGCCACGACACGCGAGGGGCCGAGCCCCUCUUUGUGUAUGGCAAUGCCGCAGCGCUGGAGCUUUUCGAGACAGACUGGGAGGGCCUCCAGGGGGUGCCCUCCACCCGCUCCGCAGCGCCAGACGGCGAGAUCCAGUCGGAGAGGCAGGCUGCGCUGGCGCGGGCGCUGGAGAAGGGGUAUGUCGAGAACUACAGCGGCGAUCGGGUGGGGUUCAGGGGCGCACGCUUCCGCAUCGAGGGCGCGACCCUCUUCAGCGUCACCUCCCCGACAGGCACGGCAUUUGGCCAGGCGGCAGUGCUGCCCUCCUGGUCGCACGGAGACCCAGCGCAGUAA